AUGAGGUAUUAUAUUCCUGUUCUCGCCGUGUCGCAUUCUUUCUUUCGCACGAGCUCUCUCUCUCUCUCUCUCUCUCUCUCUCUCUCUCUCUCCCUCUCUCACUCUCUCUCUCUCUCUCUGAUUCAGGUGUCCAAAAUUUGUCCUCCUUUUUCUUUUCUUUUUCUCUUUCUAUUGCACUAUAUUUCUUUCAUUCUUUCUUUCUUUCUUUCUUUCUUUCUUUCUUUCUUUCUGUUGUCCUAUUGUUUCUUCGUAUUUUUCGUUUCUUUCCUUCCCUGUCCCUUCCUUUUGUUCGUUUGUCCUUUCUUUCUUUUCUUUUCUCUCUCUCUUCUUUUUCUUUGUAGUCUUCUUUCAUCAAUCCCGUUUUGUUUCUUUCGUUCUUUCUUUCUUUCUUUCUUUCUUUAUUUUUAUUCGUAUAACACGGCCGGACUGGGUCAAUCCGGAAUCCUUCCCACGCUGUGUCACAUUUGUUUUCAUCUUCACUUUUCUUUAUGCCCUUAUUUUUUUUCGUUUUUCUUUUCAUCCACCCUCUUACUUUCUUUGUUUCUUUCUUUCUCUUUCUUUCCUUGCUACCUUCUUUCUAUCAUUAAUUCCUUCCUUCUUUCUAUCAUUCCUUUUUACUUUCUUCUUCCUUCCUUCCUUCUUUCCUUCCUUCCUUCUUUCCUUCCUUCCAUUCUUCCUUCGUUCCAGCCUCCUUUCUUUCCUUCAUUCCAUCAUACCUUCUUUUCGUCUCCCUUCUCUGAUUCCCUACUUCCUUUCUUUCUUCCUUCGUUCAAGCAUCCCUUCUUUUCUUCCUUCUCUGAUCCACUCCCUCCUUUCUUCCUCUCCUUCCCAUCCUCAUUUCCAUUUUUACAUCCUUCCUUCUUUCCCUCCUCCCCUCUUUCCUUUCCACCUUUCUUUGUUCCUUCCUUCCUUCCUUCCUUCCUUCCUUCAUUCCCUGCAUUUGUAUUUCCUUUUUUUCUUUCUUCUUUCCUUCUUUCCCGUCCUUCUUUCCCUCCUUCAGUCGCUCUUUCUGUAACCAUUUCCUGA